AUGACUGUAACGGCUCUGACAGCAGAACAGAUAAUUAACAAAAAGAGAUCCAUGGAAGACCUUAAGAAUAUACAAGUACAAAGAAGUAAACGAGCCAUUGCUCGUUAUAAGAACGCUCCUCUACACACAUCUGCUGACGAGGAUCGCAAAUCUGGGAACAAAAGACAUAUAGUAGCCAUUGAUGACUCGUUAAAGAUAAACUAUGAGGUGAUUCGUCAUAUUCCAGGUCAGCUAGCUCAGCGAGAAGAAAUUGAAGAUUUAAACAGGCUUAAGUUGAUCCAAUAUAAGGAUUCACUCAAUAAGAUGCACGAAGACUAUAUCGAUAUAUGGAAAAGAGAAGACCCAGCUUUGGAAAACGUGGACUAUGCACAGUUAGAUGAGUCCACACUGCUGGAAGAGAAGAAAUGGCUCACAGAACUAAAUGAUAAACUUAAGAAGGAUUAUACAGAAGCUGUUCAACUUGAGAAGAAAUGGUUUCUCUUAAAAGAGAUCAUGCUAGAAGCUUGCACAAGGCUAGAUCUUUGUGCCGAAUCAAACCCGCUUCUCAAUAAAAACCAAAUCACCCUGGAUGAAUCAAAGGGUACACUACUGUAA